CACAGUCAUUGUGUCUCUAUAUAAAGAGAUCCAUUACAGCACAAUGUUGCAAGCUCACAUCAUUGUACCACCUGAAGGACUUGGACUUUUUUGGAUUCUGUCUGUCUGAUUGAAAGAUGGGGGAUGCUUUGAUGGAGGAGUUUGGAGCUGCGGCUCCAUUCUUACGUAAGUCAGACAAGGAGCGUCUGGAGGCCCAAACUCGCCCCUUCGACAUGAAGAAGGAAUGCUUUGUCCCUGAUCCUGAGGUUGAGUACGUCAAAGCCUCCAUCACCAGCAGAGACGGUGACAAAGUCACUGUUGACACUGAAUUUGGAAAGACGGUAACUGUGAAGGAGGUUGACGUUCACCCUCAGAACCCGCCAAAGUUCGAUAAAAUUGAGGACAUGGCGAUGUUCACCUUCCUGCACGAGCCCGCUGUGCUGUUUAACCUCAAAGAGCGUUACGCAGCCUGGAUGAUCUACACCUACUCUGGGCUCUUCUGUGUCACUGUGAAC